UUCGGUACGGUGGGUAACUAACAGUCAUCAGUGAGCUAUUGACCAGUGUGCACCACAGGAUAAUUGAGAAGCUACCAACAUGUGUGGGGAAAUGGGCAAGGCUGUGCUGCGGGCGCUGACGGGGGCUCUACUCUGUGGUCUCGUAUCUGAUGCUGCAUAUUUACAACAAUACGAUGACUACCCGCAAUACCAACAAGUAGUGUACCGCAAGCCGCUCCGGGAGCACGAGAAGCCGCAAGAUCUGCGCAACGUGCCCGGCGUUCCCGGGGUCGACUACCCGAUCUACUACCAAGUGCCCGAGACGAGCUUCUCCUGCGCCCACGUCCCUGUGCAUCCAGGGAUGUACGCCAAUGUGGAAACUGGAUGUCAGGCUUACCACGUGUGCCAUGACGGUCGUGAGGGUCACCAAGGAGCAGCUUUCCUUUGCACCAACGGGACUUUGUUCGACCAGGCCAAGUUCGCUUGCGAUUGGUGGUACAACGUGGACUGCUCGCAGGCUAUUGAUCACUACAAACUAAAUGCGGAUCCCUUGAAGAACCCCUACGUGCCGAAGCCUAAGCCGGAGGAGCACAGAGAGGAGCAGCCUUACGGCAUUUACUAUAGGAAGUUAGACCAUUAGAUUUAAUAAUUGUCGUCAUCAAAGCGCUAUUUCUCCUACAAAUUUAUUGUCAAAUUUUCUAUUAAGACGUGAGGAUAUUGCUGAAUUCACAGCGGAUAUUGGUUUACGAAUAUAAUUUAAUAAGUUAAAUUUAACAUUUAUAAUGAAUUCGGCUCAAUUAAUAUAAACAAUUUUUUCUUUUUUAACCAAUCAUCAUAGCGUAACUGAUUUCAUUUUAAUCGUAUAUAUAAAUUUUACAUUAAUUAGGUAAGAUCAACGUCAUAUUACAGAGUUCAAAUACUUGUAGUAUAGAUUCAUAAGAAAUGUUGUAAAACUACCAAUAAAACAUAUAUUUUUAUUUUUAUUCAUUAUUAACCCAUAUAUACAUUUAAUACUAUUAUAUGCUUAUUUUUGGUGACGACAAUGCUGUAUUUUUUCUGUUUUAUUUUAAAUCGCUUUUCAUUCGUUCAUUUUUCACGCCCAUGGUAAUUAUUGAAAAUAAAAAUAAUUUAUUAUCACCUUGCCAAUCACUUGAAAUAAUACUCACAUAUUAGUAGAUUAAAAUGUAAUUAUAAUGUAAUUAGGUAUUGAAUAAAAAUCUGAAAA